CCAGUAUAUAGCUAUAUCUACUGCCGCUCGACUAGCCGCCGACCUGCAAUCCCCCACUGGUGCCAGCCACAGCCCCGCCAACUUAACUGUUGUAUCCUGCAUCUAUCUACUGAGCACUGGAUAAGGAGGCCCCCAUCAUGUCCGAGAGGAAAACCAGGCGGCAGGCCGCUCUGGCACCAGAGGCAGCCGGGACCGCAGAAGCGGUUGAUAGUUACGCGAAAUCUAGCCCCCAAGGCGCCGGGGACGACAAGAGCAACGGCAACGGCCAAGCUAUCCUCUCUUCUCGUUCCGGAGUCGAGUUUACUCCUCACGAGAACAUCUUCCUGUUCUGGCCCAAUAUCAUCGGCUAUUCUCGCAUCGUCUUAGCGAUCGCCUCUCUUUAUUACAUGCCCUUACACCCACGGACAUGUUCCAUCCUUUACAGUAUCUCGUGCCUUCUCGAUGCCCUCGACGGCUACGCGGCUCGCUAUUUCCAACAGUCAACUAGGUUCGGUGCCGUUCUAGACAUGGUGACGGAUCGAUGCACUACCUCGUGCCUGCUCGUAUUCCUUUCUUCGGCCUUCCCCAGAUGGGCCAUCGUGUUCCAAGGCUUGAUUUCGGUGGAUUUUGCGAGCCACUACAUGCACAUGUACGCAACCUUAGCCAUGGGCGGCUCAGAUACCAGCCACAAGAAUGUGGAUAAGUCGAGGAGUUGGGUCUUAAACCUCUACUACACUAACAAAGUCGUCCUUUUCGUAUGCUGUGCCCUCAACGAGCUCUUCUUCAUCGCUCUGUAUUUACUGUCCUUCUCCUCUCCGCUCUUGUCGCCCCAGCUCCUCAAGCCACUGGGUGAAACCAGAGCCGCUGCUAUCCAGACCGGCGCGCAGGUUAACAGCUCAGUGCUCCGCCAGUUGUUCACCAAUCCUUACAGCGCUGGCGCCCUCGAGAUGGCGCGUGCCAACAAGAUGGACUCGACUUGGCCUUGGAUCAUGGCUGGGGUUAGCGCCCCUAUCAUGGCUCUGAAGCAGUUCCUCAACGUCGUUCAGCUUGUCAAGGCGAGCAAGUGGCUAGCCGAAGGAGAUGUCAAGUCGAGAAGAGAAGCCGGCCUCCCGAAGAAGAGCCGGAAGAAUACCUAAAACUGAUGACCCGUAACGAUCGUAGGAGACGAGAGCGCCGUCAACGGUUCAGACGGGACAAACUACGGUAUCGGUCUGUACGAGAGAAGUCGUGUUUCGCGGAAGGGACACUAAGCAUCGGAUGGUCAGGAAAGGCUCG